UAUGUUUAUAGGCACGUUUCUAUAUCCCCAAUCACCAUAGAAGAGUUAUAAUGCAAAUGAUGGGGGCCGCAUGGAGACGGUGGAGGACUGAAGUGAAAGCUACAUCUUAUGAUUCAAAUAUUCCACUAGAAGAGCUUGUUGCAAUACAACCCAUUCCUCAUGGAUUAACACCUCAAACUUGGGAAGUUUUAUGUAACUAUUGGAAGUCUACUGAGAAAACUUCAAAAAUCAAUAGAGAAAAUGCAAACAAAAAGAAAGGGACUCAUGCACAGGGACGCACUAAUAUUCCGUCAUUGGAAUAUAAAUUUUCUCAAGAGAAUGGUAGAAAACCAAGUCGUAUUGAAAUACAACAAUUGAGUCGGAGAAGUAGAAAGAAAGGAGGUGCCGCUAUUGACGAUCAGGCAAUACGAACUGAGGUAAUAAUAUUUUACUUUUUAAGUUAA